AAUUCCACGUCUCUUUCCAGACGAAGGGAACUAGAAAAUUGUGUUUGGAGUUUGUGAAUUUUCUUCACACUUAACAUUUAAUUAACUUAACUAUUUUAGAACAUGACACAGUGAAGGGGGAUAAAUAUAAUUUAAAUUGUGAUUAAUCUAGUGAAUUUAAUAAAAAUACAUACGAUGCCUACCCUCCACCGAACGGCGCUGAUUUUGAUGAUGCUGGCAGGAUGGCUAUCCUGCGCGGCGGCACAUGGCUGGGGAUCGGACGAUAUGGAAGUGUUCGAUCUGGUCGAGGAAAUAAACGAAAACUUCUACUCGCUGAUGCAGAUCAAUCCGAAUGCCACCAAUCAGGAAAUCAAGCGCGCCUUCCGAUCUCUGUCGGUACAGCUCCACCCGGACAAGAACGAUGCCGAAGAUGCCCACAUCCAGUUCCGCAAUAUGGUAGCGGUCUACGAGGUGCUAAAGGAUGCCGGCAAGCGGGAGAAGUACGAUAGGGUUCUGAAGGAAGGCCUGCCGAAUUGGAAGUCUGCCCUGUACUACUACCGGCGAAUGCGCAAGGUCGGUAUGGCCGAGUGUGUAGCCCUCCUGGUGGUUAUCAUUACGGUGAUCCAGUACAUUACUGCAUGGGCAGCGUACGCCGAGAAAAAGUACACCGCUGAACAAAUCAUCGGAAGCAAGUUGAAGAAGCUUCAGAAGAAGAACAAGACAGCCGUGGAUAUUGAUACGAUAUUGAAUGAGAUUCCCACGCCCAGCAUGUUUAAUACGCUGCCGUUCCAGAUUCCGGUGUGGACCUACAGGACGGUGACCGGAACACCGGGUGCGAUCAAAUCGGCUAUGAACUUCUAUGCCGAACAGAAGAAGGCGGAAGAGGAGAGGAAGCAAAUGGAGAUAGAGGAAGAGGAACUACUGCGGAAGCAGGAGGAAGACAAAGCCAAGCUGAAGGAAGAUCGCAACCUGCGUAAGCGCAACAAGAAGUUUGUCGCUCCGGAGAAGACUGACGAAGAACUGGCCGCCUAUACGCAGAGUAUUAUCAAGCAAAGCGCUUCCGCAAACGAUCAGACCAAGGCGAAACCGAUAGUCACCGGUGGUCUCUGGACUGAGGACGACCUAAACGAACUGGUGCGCCUGGUCAAAAAAUACCCCGGAGGGACGACCGAUCGCUGGGAGAUCAUCGCCGAAAUGAUGGGUCGAGUCGUCUCCGAGGUGACCUACAUGGCGGCUAAGAUGAAGGAUGGUGCGUACAAGGUGGCCGGGCAGACGGAAAGCGUAGCGGAAACGAUCAUGCAGAAGGUCAAGACCAAAAAGACUGAUCCGACUGCCAACGCAGCGGAAGCCAAUUCGAACUGGUCCCAAGAGCAGCAGGCAGCUUUGGAAACAGCCAUUCAGAAGUACCCCAAGAGUGCAUCGUCGGACCGAUGGCAGAAGAUUGCCAACUGCAUCCCCGGGAAAACUAAGGAGGAAUGCAUGACACGGUACAAGUAUCUGGUGGAGCUGGUCAAGAAGCAAAAGCAGGAAAAGGAUCGAGAAGUGGCGGCUGCGGCUGCACCCGCGGAAGCGGACGAAUGUCCGGCGGAGGAUGAACCGGCCGCUGAAGAGCGGAUAGGGGAAUCCAAAUCUAAAUCGAAGGGUAAAAAGGCGCGGAAGCCGGAGGCGGUUGCUGACGCGGUCGAGGAGGAUGGCGACGGUGAAUCAGCUGUAGCUGAUAAGCAGCAGGGUGGUGGCAAGGCGAAGAACAAGCGACGCGAACGGAAGAAGGUCAUCGAGUACUACAGCUACGAAGAUUCGGAGGAUGGCAGCGAACCGGGCGAAAUUUAGUCUGCUUUCGACGGUCGGAUUGAGCGUUUAGGUCUCGUGUGUUCAUGUUUAGUUAAGUGAUCGGUGGUGACGACUUUUGACCUUCGGAAUGAAGUUCAGCUUCGGGAGCUACGGCGAGCCGAGAAGUGUGAGUAAUAAACUUGAUUGAUUGCACAAAAACUUCG